AUGCGGAGGGAUACCCUAAGGAGUUAUGUUAUAAAUUUUUCAUUUCUGUUCUUUCCAGUGACGCAGUGCCAGGAUCGUUGGAAGAAACUGCGAGAUAACUUCAGAAAAGCCUAUUAUAACCGAAAAGGCAAGAGUGGCGAUGGUGCAACUACGUCCAAAUUGAUAAAAUUUGAAAAAGAACUUUCUUUUAUAAUACCAUUUUUUCGCAAUCGAAACCAAAUAUCUAAUGUAACAUUAUCAUCGGAUGAUUCAGAGCCUGGCACACCAAUACCACCACCAUCGACAUCAUCUAAACGUUCUGACCAUUCUGAAGUUGAAUCGCUUGCAAGUACUUCUGGCUCGAAAAAGAGACCACGCUUAAGCAAAGAUGUUGCUACGGUUUUCGAAGAGUAUCUUGAAGAAAAAAGAAAUACUACACCCCGUGACAAGGCAUUACGUAAUUUUUUUUUGUCUAUGUCAGAUACAGUGGAAACAUUCCCAAAAGAAGUCCAAGCACGAAUUAAAAGGCGCGUGUUUAACAUUGUUAAUGAAGCUGAAUUAAGUCUGUAUGAAAAUAGUACAGAUUUGAAUUAUUCUUUGUCUAUAAAUUCACCGCCAUCGACUAAUCAAUCUACUUACCUAGUGUCAAACGAAACCUAUAUCCCUCAAAACUAUCCAGAUCAGACUACUUACGGGUACAAUACCAGCACACAAAAUACAAAAUAAUAAACAAUCAAAAACAAUAAUAAUUAUAAUAAUAAUAAUUAAACACACACAAAUCUGUACUAUUUAAUUACAUUUCAUUAACGUAAAUAAUGCUUAAUAAAUGGAGGGCUGUGAUUUUGUGAUCUAUUUAGAUGUUUGUGUUAUUUAACAUGAUUAGUAUAAGUAAUUUACAUUUCAUUAACGUAAACAAUGCUUAAUAAAUGGAGGGCUGUGAUUUUGUGAUCUAAAUAACAUGAUUAGUAUAAAUAAUUGUUUUUUAUUUACCUUAAAGUUACCGUUAACCUUUCUUCGGCUGUAAUGGUGCAACGAUAAUUUGUA